AUGGGAGACUUUAAUGGACAGAUUGGUAAACAAAAAAGUGGAGAAGAAUAUACCAUAGGAAAUCACGGAUCUGGCAAUAGAAGUAUAAACGGCUCACGACUAGUAUCCUUCGCUAUCGAAAAUAAAUUAAGUAUUCUUAACUGUUUUUACAAAAAGAAACCAUCAAAGAAAUGGACAUGGAUCUCUCCUAACGGCCGGUAUAAAAACGAGAUCGACUAUAUAAUGUCUAACAAGGUAAAAGUUUUUAAAGACUUGUCUGUAUUAAAUAACUUCAAUUUUAACUCAGAUCACAGAAUGGUAAGAGCAAAACUCUCAGGAACACGUGCUAAGAAAGCACGUCAAUUUCUCAACAACAUGAAAGCCAUCGAAUGCACCGGUAACACUGAUUUGCUGUUGAACAACCUCGAAAAAUCCCUGAUGGAUGGGGAAAAAGAAUGUAUAUCGACUCAAGACAAAUACAACAGACUGCUCAAUCAAUUAAAAACAGAAACUAAAAAAGCAAACACGAUUACUAAGACAACUAUAUCAAUUAAAAGUAAACUAUUAUUACAAGAACGGAAAGAACUUAUAGAACAAAGAAAAAGUAAUACCAACAACAGCCAAAAGAUAGCAGAAAUAAGCAAAAAGAUUAGCGAACAACUUAGGAAAGAACGGAAAACAAAAAGGAUAACAACUUUAAGGAAAUAUAUAGAAAAAACAGGAGGAAUAAAGAAGGCGCUGAAAGAAAUGAAUUACAAAAAGGACUGGAUUCCAAAUCUGAAAAGUAAAAAUAGAGAAAAGACUAGUAAAAGACCAGAGAUACUAGGAUUCGCUACGGAAUACUACCAAAAUUUAUACCAAAGUCGAAAAGGGGAACAAGUAAUAAAUGAUUAUAGUUCAGUAAACAAAGAUGAGAUUAAACCAAUUCUAAAAGACGAAACAAUAAAAUCUAUCCAAUCACAAAAACUAGAUAAGGCACCUGGAUCUGACUUAAUCACAAACGAACUACUGAAAACCACGUCACCAGUGAUAGCACCUAGACUUACAGAUUUGUUCAAUGAAAUUCUCGAAAAGGAAACCAUCCCGGAAGACUGGACCAAAUCGAUAAUCAUACUGCUGCAUAAGAAGGGAGACAAGGGAUUCGUUGACUUUAACAAAGCGUUCGACACAUUGGAACAUGAUUAUAUAUGGGACGCUCUAAAAAGACAAGGAGUACAAGCAAAAUACAUACGAAUAAUUAAAAACGUAUACGCAGCCAGUACCGCACAAGUUAAACUUGAAUCUACGGGCAACGAAUUUCCUAUUACAAGAGGCGUACGCCAAGGUGAUCCUAUAUCGCCUAAAUUAUUUUCUGCUGUGCUAGAAAUGAUCUUUAGGAAUUUAAACUGGACCAGAAUGGGACUCAAUAUAAAUGGCCAAAACCUCAACCAUCUACGCUUCGCAGAUGAUUUGAUUGUGUUCUCAGAGGACGCAGGAACACUGGGACUUAUGUUGCAGCAACUAUCCAAUGAAAGUGCUAAGGCCGGUCUGUCAAUGAACUUAACCAAAACCAAAAUUAUGACGAACGCCCAACUAACAGUAAACAACGAACAAAUAAUAGUAAAUAACGAACCAAUAGAAUAUGUAAAUGGAUACAUAUAUUUGGGCCAACUUAUAUCUGCAGAUGAUUGCAUGAACAAAGAAAUAGAGAGAAGAAUAACUAAUACUUGGAAACGGUUUUGGUCUCUUAGAGAAAUAAUGAAGGACACAGAUAUGCCAAUGACAGGAAAAAAGAAAAUAUUCGAAACAUGCAUUAUACCAUGCCUAUUAUAUGGGUGCCAGACAUGGGCGUUAACAGAAAGGCAAGAAAAUAAAUUAAAAGUCUGCCAAAACGCAAUGGAAAGGAGUAUUUUAGGUAUAAAAAGAAGAGAUAGAGUAAAAUUACAAGAAAUUAAAAAGAAAACAAAAUUCAAAAAUGUACACACAAUCUACAGACAGCUUAAAUGGCGUUGGACCGGACAUAUGUAG